UGGGAGUCCCCGGCGCGCCCCUCCCCCUUUCCUUCCGAGUCGGCGGCGCGAGUGACAUCGUCUUUAAACCAGUUUCUGGAACUCCUUGGUAGCACAACAAGAUGCCCAGGGAAGACAAGUCAACUUGGAAGUCAAAUUACUUCCUGAAGAUCAUCCAACUUCUGGAAGAUUUUCCAAAAUGCUUCAUCGUUGGUGCAGACAAUGUCGGCUCCAAGCAGAUGCAGCAGAUCCGCAUGUCAUUGCGCGGAAAAGCUGUGGUGCUCAUGGGCAAGAACACCAUGAUGCGCAAAGCCAUCCGUGGUCACCUUGAGAAAAACCCAGCACUUGAGAGAGUGUUGCCAUACAUUCGCGGGAAUGUUGGGUUUGUCUUCACCAAGGAGGACCUGGCUGAGAUCCGUGACAUGCUUCUUGCCAACAAGGUCCCGGCCUCGGCACGUGCCGGAGGUCUGGCUCCAUGCGACGUGAUGGUGCCGGCACAGAACACUGGCCUCGGUCCUGAGAAGACCUCCUUCUUCCAGGCUCUUGGCAUCACCACCAAGAUCUCAAGAGGCACCAUUGAAAUUCUGAGCGACGUGCAGCUGAUCAAGGCGGGUGACAAGGUGGGGGCCAGCGAGGCGACGCUUCUCAACAUGCUCAACAUCUCGCCCUUCACCUUCGGCCUCCACAUCCUGCAGGUGUACGACAAUGGCAGCAUUUACAGCCCCGAUGUGCUGGACAUCACCGAGGAGGACCUGCGCAAGCGCUUCCUCGAGGGUGUGCGCAACGUCGCCAGCGUGUGCCUUCAGAUUGGCUACCCGACCGUUGCCUCAAUCCCACAUUCCAUCGUUAACGGCUACAAGCGUGUGCUCGCCAUUGCCGUGGAGACCGAAUACUCUUUCCCACUUGCCGACAAGGUUAAGGCGUUCCUGGCUGACCCAUCCGCCUUCGUGGCAGCCGCACCUGUGGCAGCCGCGGCUGCGCCAGCUGCUGCUGCCAAGGAGGAGAAGAAGCAUGAGUCUGAAGAGGAGGAGGAAGAUGACGACAUGGGCUUCGGUCUCUUUGACUAGGAGUCCUGCUCAGAGGGGGGGCCUCUUGGCUGCUCAUGGAUCUCACCUGCAGCCAUGCGGCUGUUGGCGGCUGUUGUGCUCUGCUUAAUGUCAAAUGUCAACUAGGACACGACGAUUCAUGAAAAAUAAAAAACAAUUUAAAAUAAA